UCUCCACCACCAGAAAAACAAAAUGCCACGUCCUAGGCAUAAUACAACCUCGUUACCUCGGAAUCUCCGAGAGGAGCUGGGGAUCCGCGAUACAUACGGGGAGCGGAAGCGCAACGGUCCCGGCGCGAGGAAAGAUCGUCGGAAGGAGGAGCGACAGUCGAAGAAGCAGCGGGGUGGGCUGAAGAGGGGUCCUCAACGGUCUUACGGGGGCUAUGAUGACAAUGACGACGACGAUGAGGAUGGAUUUGGUGGAUUUGAUGACGACGAUGCGGGCGAUUCGGACAACGACGACGAUGUUGCGGCGACCAUGGCCAAGUUGAAGCAGAAGAAGGAGGCUGCUAAGGCUGCUGCUCCCGAGAAGCCGAAGAAGAAAGCGCAGACGACCGACAACGAUGCUGAGGGGGCGGCUGCCUCGCGUCCGAUCUCGAAGACAGUCAAAGCGAAGCUGGACGAGGAUGAUGCGGAGAUUGCUGCGUUGGAGAAGAAGCUGGGUCUUAAGAAGGGCAAGAAGCUUCCCAAGGCUUUUGAGGAAGAUGGUUUGGGUGAUCUUCUGGGCGAUCUGGAUGAGGGCUCUGAUGAUGAGAAUCGCAAGCGCAAGCGAGAGGCUGAUGACUGGCUGCGCAACAAGCGGAGAAAGGCGCAGGGUUUGCCGGUCGAGGACGACGUUGAGUCGGAUCAGGAUGACAGCGAUAUGGAUAGUGAGGAUGGGUUGGAUGGGUUGGAGGCUUUUGACGAAGACGACGACUCCCUUGGAGACUUUGAUGAGGGUGAGGAUGAGGAGGACGAGGAGGAUGACGACGAAGAUGUGGAUAUGGAUGGCAUGGAUCUCGACGAGGAUGAAGAGGAAGAGGAAGAGGAACCCGUUCCUAAGAAGAAGGAAAACCCAUACGUUGCUCCGGUCCAAGAGUCCAGUGGGAAUCAACCACAAAAGUACAUUCCUCCCUCGCUUCGCGCUAAGGCUUCCUCCGAGUCUGAGAGUCUUGUACGUCUACGAAGACAAGCGCAAGGACACCUGAACAAGCUGUCCGAAGCCAACAUGAUCUCCAUCCUGGCGGAGUUCGAGAAGCUAUAUCGCGAUUAUCCCCGUGGAGAAGUCACCUCGACCCUCAUCACACUCUUGUUCGGAAUGAUUUGUGAACGAUCCGCUCUGUCGGAUACCUUCAUCAUCCUGCAUGCGGGUUUCAUUGCUGCCGUCUACAAGGUGAUGGGUAUGGACUUUGGCGCGGAGAUCGUGCAGAAGAUUGUCGAAACCUUCGAUGCUCGUGGAGACGAAAGAGGGCCGUUCUCAGGGAAGGAGGCAAUCAAUCUGAUCUCCCUUCUUUCCCAGUUGUACAACUUCCACGUCAUCUCAAGCACCUUGAUGUUUGACUACAUCCGGAUCUUCCUCCAGGACAUUACAGAGGAAAACACCGAGCUUCUCCUAAAGAUUAUCCGAAACUCCGGUCCUCAGCUCCGCCAAGAUGACCCCUCCUCCCUCAAGGACAUUGUCCUCCUCAUCCAACCAGCCGUAGCGAAAGCCGGCGAGGCCUCCCUCUCCGUCCGCACCAAAUUCAUGAUCGACACGAUCACCGACCUGAAGAACAACCGCCUGAAAGCCGGCGCCGGCUCCACCAUUUCGUCCGAACACCUCACGAAGAUGCGCAAGAUCCUCGGCGCGCUCAACAACACGCGGGUCAUCCGCGCCUCGGAGCCCAUCAGCAUCUCGCGGGAGGACAUCCACAACUCGGCCAAGAAGGGGAAAUGGUGGCUCGUCGGCGCCAGUUGGCGCGAGGACCCGCUCGAGUCCGCGCGUCAGGAGCUCUCAAGCCUGCCCGCCGCCGCGGGCCAGCAGCAGCAACAGCACGGCGCCCCCGACGACGACGACGACGAUAGCGACAAAGAACCCGACUGGGUCAACAUCGCGAAAGCCCACCGGAUGAACACGGACGUGCGCCGCUCGAUCUUCGUGGCCAUCAUGUCCGCGACGGACUACCAGGACGCGCACGUGCGGCUGCUCAAGCUCCGGCUCAAGCGCGCCCAGGAGUUCGAGAUCCCCCGCGUACUGACCCACUGCGCCAUGGAGGAGGCCGCGCACAACCCCUACUACACGCUGAUCGCCCGCCGGCUGUGCGGCGAGAUGGGCCGCCGCAUCAAGGUCUCGUUCAUGUACACGCUGUGGAACAUCUUCAAGCGCAUGGGCGAGAACGGCGACAUGCACGACGACGACGACUCCGACGGCGGCUUCGGCGACGACGAGGACGAGAACAACCGGCUCGAGAUGAAGUCCAUCGUCAACCUGGCCAAGAUGUACGCGUCCCUAGUGGUGGACGGGACCCUGAAUCUCGGCAUCUUGAAGAUUCUGAACUUCGCCUACCUGCAGCCCAAGAGCAAGACGUUCGUGGAGCUGCUCCUGAUCAGCGUGAUGCAGCAGUCGCAGCAGCAGAACAAGAAGAAUAAGAAGCGCGGGAGCAAGAAGAGCAAGAAAGGGGAGGAGGACGGCGAUGAUGAGCGGGAUGAAAAGGCCCUGAUGGAGAUCUUCUUGCGUGUCAAGGAGACGCCGCAGAUUGCCAAGGGGUUGAUCUUCUUCCUGCGCAAGGUCGUCGCGAAGACGGAUAUCGUGCCCUCUGGAAAGGAUCUGAAGUUGGUGAAGUGGGGGUGCACCGCUGCGGUCGAUGCGCUCAAAGUUGUGGUGAAGGAUACCGGUGCUGAGUAAGUCAGUGGCCAUGAAUGAGUUUUUUUACUGGUUUUUGGUGCAUCCGGCGUUGCAAGGAGUGGCGUUUGUUGGGCUAGGG